GGCAGAAGGCAGCACAGAUGGGGACAGGCACUCAGUCGGGUCGGGGUGCAUCCAUUGAAGAGUUUGCCGCGGAGACUUUUAGACUGGGAAACUGUUCUGUGAUUUUUUUUUAUUAUUUUUUUUUAAUCUCAUCCAAGGGUGUCCAAAUUCUGUUUUUCAGCAGACGAGGUUAGUAUGGCAGGAAAAAAGACUAUAUUCGUUUCCCUCUCUCACUUUCUUGUUUUCCACCAAUUGCACAUCAUUCGGUAAGAUGCGCCUUCAAAUCCAAAUGGUUUGCUCCAACUUUUGUUGCUCUUGCUUUGAUUCUUGAAUGUAGUCUGCCGCGUCUCAAAUCCGAUCUAGUAGAAUACAAGGCUGUUUGUCAACCUAUGGAUCAAUUUUAGCCUGUGAAGUUAGAGUUGAACAAUGUCAAAGUGGCAAUUUCAUUCCUGGUCUUGAAAAAAAAAAAAAAAAACAUCUUAUCUGUUAAAAAAAAAAAAAACCAGAUGUAUCUAAGUGUGUACACACUGCUGAUUCCAGCGCUCUUGUGCGCCCCCUUAUGGGCAGACGCGUCCAACCUGUCGCUGUCCAUCCCGGAGGGUCUGCCCGCUCACACUGUGGUCGGCGACCUGGCCACCAGUCUGAGAGGUCCGACUGUCGGCUUCUUUAUCUCAGAGAGCCGCGACUCGCACGUGUUCCGCGAUCUGAAGAUCGACCCGGACACGGGCAUCAUCUCCACAUUGACAGUUCUCGACCGAGAGACUCGCGGGACGUACGAAUUUGUGGUGGCUACCCUAGCGGGGGAGGUGGUCAGAGUUCGGAUCAACGUGGAGGACGUCAACGACCAUUCGCCGCUCUUUCCCUCCGAGCAAGUGGACCUGAAUGUGUCUGAGAUAAGCCCACCCGGUAGUCGCUUCCACCUCGAAGGAGCUCGGGACCAGGAUGAAGGCGAGUUUGGCACCCAGGGGUACCGGAUCCGAGAGGCUCAUAUGGGGCAGCUCUUCCGGCUGGAGCACCCCAGAGGUUCUGGAAACCAGCCUGGCCUGGAUUUGGUUCUGGACAGAAGAUUGGACAGAGAAUCUUAUGACUUUUACACUCUAACCGUGGAGGCCUUUGACGGCGGCAUCCCCGCCCAGAUCGGAAGGCUCCGGGUCAACAUCUGGGUCAUAGAUGAGAACGACAACCCGCCUGUGUUCAACCAGAGCAAAUACGACGCGUCCGUGCCGGAAAAUGCUCCGGUGGGGUCGUCUGUGUGCCAGGUUUACGCCACGGACCGGGACCAGGGCGACAACGCCAGGGUCAGUUACGGGAUCAACCGGCGACAGAGCGACAGCGAUGAGUUGUUCGCCGUCGACGAGACCACCGGGGUGGUUUUUCUCAACAAGCCUUUGGAUUUUGAAGCACAGGUUUUCCACGAGCUGAUCGUCACGGCCAAAGACAACGGAGCUCAGCCAGAGUCCAGCAGUACCUUGGUUCUUGUGAAGGUACACAACGUCAACGACAACAGCCCCAUCAUCAGCGUGUUGUUCCUCAGCGAGAAUGGAGAUACGCUGGUUUCUGAGGCCGCCGAGAUCGGCGACUACGUGGCCCGGAUUUCCGCGUCGGACCCGGACGGCCCAGGGGAGAUGGUGUCGGUCCAGCUCGAGGGCGGCGAUGGGAAGUUCGCUCUCAAGCAGACGGACGAAUUUCUGUAUGCGUUGUGCGUCUGCUCCCAUCUCGACAGGGAAGAGAAGGAUCUUUACCAGUUGAAGAUCCAAGCCUUGGAUUUCGGUAGUCCCCGUUUGAGCAGCGAGACGGUUCUUCUCGUGAAGGUGGCCGAUGCCAACGAUUGCGCCCCGGUUUUUGAGAAGGACGUGUUUGCGGUCCAGAUCUCAGAGGAUGCCCCUAAUGGGACUACCGUCAUCCAGAUGGAGGCCCACGACUCGGAUCAGGGAGUCAACGCCGACAUCACCUAUUCUAUCCUCAAGUCCGACUGGGACUGCCCGGUCAGUGUGGAUGCGGAGUCCGGAUUGGUCCUCACAACCGGAGAACUGGACCGGGAGAGGCAGGCGGAGGUGUGUUUGUUCCUGGUGGUGGCGGAAGAUUGCGGGGAACCGGCCAGGUCGACCACCGCCACGGUCAGGCUGGUCCUGGAAGACGUCAACGACAACGAGCCGGUGUUCCAGCAGAGUCUCUACAAUGCCAGCUUGAUGGAACACAGCACCCCCGGGACCUGUUUUUUGCAAGUUGUGGCCACUGAUGCGGACAGUCCAGAGUUCAGCGUUCUGGUCUAUUCCAUACCUGAAGUCUUUGAUGGGUUGGAUCAGAACCAGAACCUGUUCCACAUUAAUUCUCAGACCGGAGAGCUGUGCGUCUCCCGGGACAUUGAUAGAGAUGCCGGACAGACUGCCUACGACAUCCUGGUCCGAGCAGACGAUCCGGGAGGCCUCUACGCGUACACGUACGUGCACGUGGAGAUCCAAGACCUCAACGACAAUGCGCCGGUGUUCAAGCCAGAGCGAUACGUCACCAGCAUCAGCAGUCACGCGCCAUCCGGCACCGAGAUCUUGCGAGUUGUGGCUGCUGACCCCGACGCCGGUCGCUACGGCUACAUCACCUACCACAUCCUACCCGGCGACCUGUCUGCUCUGUUUGCCCUCGAUGAACAAACAGGGAUUCUGUAUCUCGCGUCCUCAUUGAAACGCCCGGGCGCCACCAGUAUCAAGUUAUCCAUCACGGCGCAGGACGGCGGGGGCGUGUCAUCCGUCCGACCGGCCGAGGUGAUUAUCGACGUCUUGUCGAGCGUCCCUGCUCCGGCCGUGUUCCAGACAUCCCGAUAUGACUUCACCGUGCCGGAAGACGCUCCACCGGGCACCAGCGUAGGCGCCGUGCGGGCCGCAAACCCAACGGACUCAAUGGAAUCCGUCUCCUACCGCAUCUCCUCCGGCGACCCGCGGGGUCUUUUCGCCGUGGACGCCGAGUCGGGCCUGAUCGGCACAGUGAAACCUCUGGAUCAUGAGAUUCUACCGUACGCCCUGCUCUUCCUCCAGGCCUUCGCCCAAUCCUCCCCGGUCUACGGCGGGGCGUGGGUCAACGUCACCGUGGCUGACGUUAAUGACGCGGCGCCCGUAUUCCCCAAACUCCGGGACUCCGUCUUUGUAUGGGAAAACACGGCGCCGGGCACCGCGGUGUACAUCGCCCACGCCCACGAUGAUGACAGCGGCGUCAAUGGCCGGGUGACCUAUUACUUGAGAGGUCGCUAUGGCGAGGUUUUCGCAGUGGACCCGGACCUCGGAACGGUUACGCUCAAUCAAAGUCUGAGAGCAGACGCUGAAGAAAGGCCGAUUCAAUUGGAGAUCACGGCUGAAGACGGUGGGGAACCCCCUCGCAGCGCCACGCUGACGCUCACCGUCAAUGUGGACCGGGCCUCCCGAGUUGAUGGCCUGGCAUUUGAGACGCUGGUCUACCAGGUGGAGAUCAGCGAGAGUUCUCGGAAGGACUCCCCGGUGAUCCAGGUGAGGGCCCAACGCAUCUAUGGGGCCCCCUCCAAAACCGCAGAACUGGUUUACUCCCUGGAGGAGGAAGCAGGUUCCCCUUCGUUUCCCUUUCGGAUCCAUCCUGGAAGCGGGUGGUUGUACCUCUCUGAUGAUCUGGACUACGAGCGGGAAUCGGCCUAUCGCUUCAGAGCAGUUGCUACAUUAGGCCAGGCCAACGCUACGGCGGCGGUGAUGGUUCUGGUGCUGGACGUCAAUGACAAUUCGCCAGUUUUCAGCAGGGCUACAUACUAUUUGGUCCUGCCAGAGGGGCCGUCGCCUCGUGCUCUAGUAGGGCGGGUCACCGCCACCGACCGGGACUCUGGGAAAAACGCUCAGCUCUCCUUCAUCCUGCUCACGGAUGGGAAGUUCUUCCGCAUCAAUGCUGAAACGGGUGAGCUUGUCAACUGGGUGGAGUUAGAUAGGGAGCAGAGCAGCCAGCACACCCUGGAGGUGAUGGUUGCCGACCAUGGCAGCCCACGUCGCAAUGCCACCGCCACAGUCCGCAUCCUGGUCACUGACGUCAACGACAACACGCCGCAGUUCAGGCAUCUGCCGGCUAGCAAGGAGCGCAACGUCCAGAUAUCGCCUAGAAUGCCAACAGGAUCGUUCGUGACAAACGUUUUUGCCAGAGACUUGGAUGCGGGCGAAAAUGGAACGGUCACUUUGUCGUUGGUAACUGUCGGUGCGGAAGGUCAACGUUUGAGACAUUUCGAGAUUGACGGUAAGAGCGGAGACAUCAGGACGACGUCGUUGUUCAAGCACAGCGGGGAAGCCACUUACGUCCUCCAAGUGACAGCCAGAGAUGGCGGAUCUCCACCACUAGAGGGCACUGCACUCAUUCACAUGCAGGUGUAUGGAUCAGAGAACCAGUCCGGACAUGCCUUCCCAACAGUCGUGAGACAUCUGAGGGUCAGAGAGGACGACCCGCCGGGAACCGUGAUUGGUUCCGUUAGCAUCAUGACUCCCGGAAAUAAAUUGAGCUACUCCAUCACCGAUGGUGACGGGGACUUCCGGUUUGGCGUCAAUUCUCAGUUAGGAGACCUCUAUGUCUACCAGACUCUGGACUACGAGGCGGCUGCCCAGUACGAGCUCACUGCGCUCGGUGAGGACGAUGUCGGCGGGAACGUAAAGGUGCGGGUAUUUGUGACGGUAGAGGACGUCAACGACCAUCCACCGUGGUUCCCAGACGAAUUAAUAGUGUUUGCCUUGAGGGAGGACGCCCCCAUCGGAUCCCUGGCGUUUGCCUUUUGCGCCAGAGACGAGGACGGGACAUACCCAAACAGCGCGCUGUGGUACUCCCUCGCCUCGCCACCGGGAUUCCCCUUCAACUUGGACUCUCGGACCGGUAGAUUGACGGUGGCAGCGCCCCUGGACCGGGAGGCCAGCCCGGCCUACGCCUUCACCGUAAACGCCAGCGACCAAGCCGAGAGGCGGGUGGAGCGUAGGCACGCGUCGGUGACGGCGAGGGUCUUUCUGCUGGACGUCAACGAUAAUCACCCUACGUUUAAGUCGGCUGAUGUGGUCCAGGUUGCAGAAGACACGGUGGAAGGGAGUUUGAUCCACCAUUUUGUGGCGACGGAUGCGGACGAGAGGGAGAACGGGACCGUGUCUUACGUCAUACUGGCGGGAAACCAAAGAGGGAUGUUCACCCUGGAGGAGAAAACAGGCCUCUUGCGGCUCUUGGCGCCGUUGGACUUUGAGACGGCACGUUUCCACCGGCUGAGCGUGGCCGCGGUGGACGGCGGCCUGCCUCCGCUCUCAUCCAGCCAGACGCUGACGGUCGAGGUGGUUGACGUCAACGACCGUCCGCCCGUCUUCAGUCGCGACGUCUACGUCGCCAGCGUGGCGGAGAACAGGGAACCUGGAGAGUUGGUGGUCCAGCUGUCCGCCACCGAUGAGGAUUCAGAGGAGAACGCGGUGGUGUGGUACAGUCUAUUACCUGGUCCCGGCUACGAGCUCUUCAGUAUCAACCCGUACUCCGGCCUGAUCACCACAUCAGCCUUCCUGGACCGGGAGCAGCAGCCACACUUCACCCUGAGAGUCCAGGCCCGUGACAGCAGCCCGCGACCUCUUUCGGGCAUCGCCACGGUGUUUUGCUCAGUGCUGGACGACAACGACAAUCCGCCAAGCUUCUCGCAGUCGUGCUUUCGGAUCAGCAUUCCGGAAAACCUUCCGCCUGGAAUCGUGCACACUGCCUGGGCGUCCGACCCGGAUGUUGGCGAGAACGGCACCGUUCGUUAUGCCAUCUUAGGUGAGGACCACGGUGUCUUUGCCAUCGACGGGCACACAGGAGCCGUCAAGACCCUUCAGAAUCUGGACCGCGAGGACCAUCAGAACUACACGCUGACUAUCCAAGCCCGUGACAGCAGCCCCGCCCCGCUCAGCACCAUCACGCAGCUACAACUGCUCCUCCUGGACCAAAACGACAAUGCGCCGGCCUUCACUGUGGACAGCUACCGUGCCUCCGUCAGCGAAGGCCUUCCGGCCGGGGCAGCGGUCCUGGGCGUCACCGCCCUGGACCCCGACCACGGAACCAACGGUGACGUGACAUACUCACUGACGGACGAUGACAGUCAGGGCGCGUUCUCCGUCGACCCCUCCACCGGUGACAUCUGGACUACCAAGACCCUGGACCGGGAGACCAGGUCCCAGUUCUCCCUUAAAGUUCUGGCAACAGAUGGUGGAAGCCAAGACCCGUUGAGCUCGAUAGUGUCCAUAACUAUUCAGGUGGACGACGUCAACGACAACGCUCCCGUCUGUGACAGCAAUCCCGUCAAGGCAAUAGUCUCUGCCGAGACGCUUCCGAACCGAGUGCUCGCCACGGUGACGGCGACAGAUCCCGACCUGGGUCCUAACGGGACCGUUCGUUUUUUCCUUCCCGAUGACCAGGAGAAUCUUUUCGACAUCAAUGCAGAAACAGGAGAAAUCUCAAUGAGGCGACGGGUGAGGGCGGGCUUCUUCGGAAGGAAGCUGCGGGUGGCGGUAUCGGAUCGUGGAAAUCCCGUGCUGACGACGAGCUGCCUGGUGUUUGUCCACCUCAGAGGAGAAACCAAAGACUUGCGAUUCACACAAAACGUCUACAAUACCACCAUUGCGGAAAACAGCAAGGCGGGCACGUGGAUCGCAACAGUUGACGCUGAGGGACAAUCUGAAGGCCAAUUGGAAAAGAUCUCAUAUUCCAUAUUCCCAGACGACAACCAAGGCGCAUUUUCCAUCGAUUCCCACGCAGGUGAGAUUCGAUUACGGCAGGACAACGCGUUGUACUUUGAGACGAGCCCUCGAGUGGAGCUCCUGGUCCUGGCAGAGGACGGUAGGCGGACGGCCUACUGCAAGGUGGACGUUACCCUGCGGGACGCCAUCAACGACGCCCCCGUCUUUGAACGUGAUGUCUACCGGAGCGCCGUGUGGGAGGGCCAAGGGCGCAACACCUACGUCAUGCAGGUUUUUGCCCACGACGAAGACAAUGGGGAAAACGGGCAAAUCGAGUUUUCCAUCAUCUCCGGGAACCAAAACGACGCUUUCAUCCUGGACUCAGUCCGUGGGAUCCUUGCCACCAACUCGAUGCUGGACCGUGAGAUUACGUCUUCGUACAAGCUGGUGGUGCAGGCGUCAGACAAAGGAAACCCUCCACUCAGCAGUACCGCCAUCAUCUGGCUCCAAGUGGUAGACGUCAAUGACAACAGUCCCGCCAUCCCUCCCAUGGAACCUGUACUGCUCUCAGAGAAUGUACCGGCGGGAUACGUGGUGACGCAGGUGACGGCGAAUGACGUGGACCUCGGCCCCACCAUCACCUUCAGUUUCGCUGGAGACGCCGGCGUAGAAAGCGCCUUCGCUGUGGACCGGUACACCGGCGUGGUUUCGCUGACCCGAGCUUUGGAUUUUGAGGAGGAGGCCGAGUUCACGCUGACCAUCUGGGCAUCAGAUUCUCUUCACCGGACCUCUGGAGAGUUGAAAGUCCAGGUGCUGGACGUCAAUGACAACAGUCCCAUUUUCAACCAGGUCUCAUACCAGGCGGAGUUGUCGGAGCUGGCUCCGGCGGACACGUUUGUCUUGAACGUAUCCGCCACCGACAAAGACUCAGGACUGAACGGCAAGAUCACCUACAAGCUACUCUCGUCUCUUUUACAAGGCUUUUACGUCCAACCGCACACUGGAUCACUUUUCACCAGUAAGCCCAUGAAGGCCACCGGCAACAGUAACCCCGUUCGUCUUCUCGUCGAAGCCCGAGACGGAGGCGAUCCCGUCCUCUCUAGCGUCACAUCCGUUGAUGUGUUGAUCCUGGACACCAACGACCACACGCCGCUCUUUCGCCAGGACGUCUACACCGUCACCGUCUCGGAAGACGCGCCCGUUGCCGCAACGCUCCUGACCGUCUUUGCCUCCGACCAAGACCGGAGCCCCGAAAACACGUAUCUGGACUACGCCCUCUUUGCAGGAAACGAAGAGCGGCGUUUCUGUUUGGAAGUCAAAACGACACAGGCGGAGAAUCGGAUGAACAACGUCGGGCAGCUGGUACUGUGUGGCCCGCUGGACCGUGAGAUCGGUAAGAACUACGCACUCACGGUGAGAGUAUCCGAUCGAGGGACGCCACGUCUCAACAGCUCCGCCGUUAUCCUGGUGACUGUCUCGGACUGCAAUGAUAACGCGCCAGUUUUUCCGAGUCCAGAGUAUCACGUUCGAGUCAGCGAAAACAGCCACCCGGGCACCAGCCUGGCGCAGGUCAAUGCAACAGAUCUCGAUGAGGGAGUCAACGGUCUACUGCGCUAUGACAUAAUCUCAGGGAACAGCGGAGGACGCCUCAAGAUGGACCCUGAGUCUGGACUUUUGGUGGUCAACACCCCGCUAGACUACGAGGAAGAAUCCGAAUAUACCCUCAUCAUCCGGGUGUCUGAUGGCGACGACUCUACAAAAGAUCGGAAGACGGCGUUCACCAAGGUUUUCAUCACAGUGCUGGACGAGAAUGACAACGGUCCCUUCUUCCUGUUCCCCACGUUUAAUUGUUCCGUGCUGGAGAAUCUUCCGGCGUUCACCCACGUCUGCGCCAUCCGUGGUGUCGACAAAGACACGGGCGCCUAUGGACAACUUACCUACUCCGUCCUGUACUCCUGUUUCGGAGAUUCUGGUGGGAUGGAGAGGAAAGAGUCCGCCUUGGCCGUGGAUCCCCGCACCGGUGAUGUUCACACCCGGCAGACCUUGGACUACGAGCGUGAGAGCCAGUACUGCUUGGUGGUGGAAGCCCGGGACAAAGGCGACAAGGUGGCGACAGUCCAAGUGCAUGUUUCUGUCAAGGGAGUGGACGAGUUUAGUCCCCUCUUCACACAGAGCCAAUACCGUUUCCUCCUGCCCCGAAACGCCAAGCCAAGGGAUGCCGUUGGCUUUGUGAUGGCACUGGACCAAGAUGGAGGUGUGGACGGGUUGGUGGAAUACUCCCUUCUGGACCCACCGUCGUUCUUCUCCAUUAAUAAAACCUUUGGAGCCAUCUAUGCGUCAGGACCUGUGUUCCGCAGACAGGGCGGCGAGGAUGUACUGAAGCUGAUCGUGUCCGCCAGAAGUCCCCGCCCUGGGUCCAGGACAACUUUCUGUCAGGUUUUUAUCAACGUAUCCAGUUUGGCCGGGGCAGCCGUUGGGGUGACGCUUGACAGCCACAUCCUUAGUCUGAGCAUCUCACUUGUUGUAUUCCUGCUGAUCCUUGUUGUCUUCGUCGGCUUGGUGCUCAGAUCAAAACUCAAAGAGGCUGGCCUCAAAAACACGGCCACGAACCUGAAGCAACCGGACCGAGCCUUCUCACUGCAAGACAUGAAACCUGUCAUCAUAACGAAAAACUGCGACGCGUCCAGCCGCCAAACACCUUCCAUCCAGAGCGGCCGUGGCUCGGCGGAAGGCGAGACGGCCGAGGACCAGGAGAUCAAGUGGAUCAACGAGUACCCCUGCUGCGAACCAGAUGAAAAAGGGAUCUUGGAAAACCCAGCGUCCUGCCAAUCUGUGACUGUUGGGCCAGGACAAUUCUUAUCGCCCGGUCUAUGUUUGGUCUCGGGGAUGGCCAGCAUCGAAAGUCUGCACCAUUUCAAAGAAGAUGGACCAGGACAAGGACUCCUUGUAAGGAUUAGAGAAAGGAAUUUAGAAGGGAAGUCUGCAGAUUCUCUGGAGUAUCUGGAUGGGGGCCGCAGAUGGGACUACUUGCUAGACUGGGAGCCUUGCUUCCAGACUCUGGCGGAGGUCUUCACUGAAAUCGGGAUGCUCCCGGACCAGGAGCUCCCAGGGGGCCGCAAGGACCUGGAUCACCCGCCGCCUCCGCUCAUAACAUCUGUAGCCCAGCCGGGGGUGCGGACAGUGCCGCCCCGCAAACCAUCUCGGGCACGCAGCCUGAGGCGGCGGCCAUCCUAUCCCAGGUACGCCUACUCCCCCUUGGCCAGGAACACGGGUCUCACACCGACGGCCAUGACGCCAACAUUCUCCCCUUCGCUUUCGUCGCUCACUAUCAGGACCCCCAGGACCUCUCCAAUUCUAUCUGACGCCGGGGUGGGGGGUAUCAGACUGGAUUCGGGGCCCCUUACCGCAAGUCUGCUUGAAGCAGAAAUCCAAGUAUGAUCAAGUGUUUAGCUUCAGCUUGACUUUUUUUGAAUACUUGAAAUUGUUUUUGUAGAUUACUCUGUCACCCACAUACGUCCAGAUUCAAUGUCUAGUUUGAGACCCCUAUUAUAGAAUGACCGAAUAGGCAGGUAUACUUUUGAAUUUACUUGGUAAAAAGUUGCUUUAAUUGAGUUUGAUUAUGUCACAUGAAUAUCAUCUUCUGAUUCAAUCUGUGUCAGGGAUUUCUUCUUUGAACCAAUCCGAUUUUAGAUUCACCGCUCUUCACUUUUACAACGGCUCAGUGUGAUGUAAGCGUUUUCAUCUCUUCUGAUUGGCUCAGCGAACUAGUUUGUUAUGUUUACCUUUUUGAUUGGUUGAUCUUAACAAGAUUCAAAGAUUGCUUUUUAGGGAAGGACGAUGGCGGACAUGCACUUUUCAAGAAAAACUGGACUUGAUAAGUCGAGGUCAACCAACCUUUGGCUUGCUUGUUUUAACCUGGAAAUUAAAAUGUCUGGGCCACGUUCAAAAGAAAGCAAAGAAAUCGCACAUCGGCAUCUCUGGUGAGUACAAUGGAUUUUAUUGAAAAUGUUUGAUAAAUAUUGAUUGUGGUAUAUUAGACGAGAACUGGAAUUGUGUGUCCAAAAUGCAAAAUACCUCGCCACACAGCGUUUUAGCAUUAGCAAUAAUUCACGACUGAAGGCCCAGGUUCCAAACUCACAAUCUACCAUUGGAUUCAUUUCAUGAAAUGAGUUGAGGUACCUCUUAAAAAUGUUAUCUUACGCGGCAACAUGAUUCAAGGACAAUACAAAAUGACAGAAGUUCAUUCAGUGCACUCCUCCCCGUCUCAGCAAACAUUGAGGCACGUAGCCACUGAAACCUCUACUAGACGUCUCGGCCGCCGAGACAAUAAACACUGCGGCCUUGACCCUCCAUGUAAUCACUUGGAGGUGCGCCGUUAUUUAUUGACUCGCGUUGGUGUGUGACUGCUAUUUUUCUCCCAUUUGCGAUUCCAGGCUGAUGGAGGAGCUCUUUCACCGUAUCGUGCGAUCUGGCCAAACAGAAAAAAAAAAAAAUUGAGGGUUUCCUUGAAUGUUGAUUGCAAAAGACUAAAAAGAUACUAAAAGCACGAAAAUACGGAGUUUGUGCAAUCCCGCUGAUGGACACGCAAAUAAGCAAACAAAAAGCACGCCUGACCUCCUCGGUGGAGGUAAUUCAUCACACAAGUGCUUACCUCGUCUCUUAUGCAAACCAUAUGGAGCGUGCCCGGAGAAGUUGGCUUGUUAUCGCUCACUGUCAUUAUAAAAGUGCCUUUUAGAGCAGCUCAUGUUUCAACUUCGGAACGGCUUUUGUGUUCCUGCACCAAAAAAAAAAAAAUGGUGAAAGGCUUUCCAUUUUCUUUUUACAAAAUUCCACAUUUUGGUCAGUAUUUACUCAAAUAUUACAUUUGAAGACUUGACAUGUUAAGAUUAGUUUAUCUUGUCUGAUUCUUUUUUUUUUUUUCUUCACAGUUUGAAGCCAGUCAUGGUUACAGUAAUAUUUUGUUAGAAAUUUUAGCUGUUGGAAUAUAACCUAAGAGCAUGUUUUAGCUCCUCUGGGCCAAAGGCGGUGGUUGGGAGGCGGGGGAGGGGUUUAAGUUGGCGGCGGGCAUGCGAGAGAAGGUCAAAGUUUGAUACACGAAGCAGCCUGAAGUGUCACAUUUGGAUUCAAUCAAAUCACUCGCGUGUGUGUGUUUUGUUGUUGUUUUUUUGCCUGCUGCUCCUGCCGCCACCACAUGAUACAAAACAGAUGGUCUCCAAUUUAUUUCCUCCAAUCAUAUUAUUAUUAACUAUUGCA